GACUUGACUUUCAAUAGUAUCUCUCCUUAGUUUGUGACUUUCAACAAUACAAGAAAUAUCUUAGCUUUGUUGUGUGUAAACUGUAAAAACCCCAAAUUCUUAAGAUUUGUCAAAUUUAUUUGCCUAAGUUCUUAUAAAAACUAUAUUUCUAUUCUAUUCUACAUACAAAUCUCGAAAUGGCUGCACCUCCUCGUGAAACAAUACAAAAGCAAAUCCAACAGGAUUGGGCUAAUAGGGAAUACAUAGAGGUUAUCACGGGAAGCAUAAAAAAGAUCACCGAUUUUCUAAAUUCUUUCGACAUGUCAUGCAGAUCGCGACUCGCCACUUUGAAUGAGAAAUUGACAUCUUUGGAGAGGAAGAUUGACUAUUUGGAGGCUUGUGUAACUAAGGGAGAAACUCUCACAUAGUAAUUACAGUAACAUUUUAUUAUUAUUUAUAUUUAUAUAUUAUAUAUUUAACUUCUUCCUAUUUAUAAG